AUUGUUUAGUAGUAGGGGAGAAGCGAAGUUUGUUUCGCGUAAUUUUUUGUUGGUUUUCAUGGAUGCAAAAUGCAGAACUCCAAGGCCAAAAUGGAUGAGUUUAAGACAAGGUUCAUGGACAUGCUGCACAAACAGACGAACCGACAAAUGAAAAUUCCAGCAAUGGGAUUUUCCGAUUAUUUCAUACAGACGGUCACAACGGACGCCUUGCCCUCCACAACAACAACGGCAGCGGCGUCUCCAGGAGCGAGUAGUGCAGAGGCGGAUGACGUCACAGAUGGUGCAGCGAGCGCACAAAAAUCAGAUCAGGAAAUACUGGAGAGCAUUGAAGAUUGCUACUACGAUGCUGAUAGCAAUCUGGAACUGUACGAGCUCAAAAAAGUUCUCAGCGCUGGCAUUGAUAACCAGCUGAUUGAAGAGACUAUCGCUCAACUACGCGUGCAACAGAAGGUGCUGACCAAGCAGGUGCUGCAAAACAUAUUGGAGCAGCGCAAUGCAUGCAGCAGCGAGUUCCAGGCCAUCAAUGAAACGCAAAAGAAGCUGGAGGAAUCUCUUUGGACUUGUCAAAAGGCACGCUCAUAUCUAAACUAUGCACGCACAAAUCUAACAACGACCAGCUUGGAGAUCUUGGCCAGCUAUCGCAAGCGGGAGGUGCUCAAGGAAGUGCUGCAAACACUGGUCGCUAUCAAGAAAUUGCGCACCACGGACGAGGAGCUGCAGAAGCUGUUGGCAGAGCACAACUAUUCAGCAGCUAUUGCGCUGCUCCUGCAAUGUCAGAGUUCUGUGGCCGACUUUAUGCAAUAUAAUUGUGUCCAAUCGCUGCACAAAAAGCUGCAGGAGACAAUGCUGUUGAUGGAGUAUCAGCUGGACACCGUGCUCAAUGAAAUGGUUCUGAAAUUUGAUGUGCGUAAAUACGCCAAGCUACAGGAGGCCUACAAGCUGGCCAAUAAGUCACUUAUUGCAAUGGAUCAGUUGCAUAUGAACUACAUUUCUGCCGUACACUCGACGGUGAAUGCUGUAGUCCGCGGUUACAGUGAGCCCACUGCGGAGGAGCAACCGAAGCUACUGUAUGAACAAAUAUGCGAGCAACUCAAUACGGACAAGCUUAUUCCAUGUCUGAUCAGUUUGUGCAAGACUUUCUGGACUAUACUGGCCUCCUACUAUCAGGUAGUCAUAUGGCACAACAACUAUAAGUUAUAUGCACAGCAGGAAGAGACGGAUAGCGAUUCUCAAGAUCUUUACAUACAGCAAAAGCUGAAGAAGGGACAGUCACGCAUCUGGAACGAUAUACUGAACAAAGUAUGCCUGUUUCUGCAGAGCGCCAAAUUGAAGACUCUGAAAUACGAUCAGUUCAUUCAAGUGCUGUCCAUAGUGCAGCGCCUGAAAAAGGUGGGCAUUGAAUUUUGCGGUGAGCAGUCGGAGAAGCUAAUUGCGGCUAUGCAGCAGCAGAGCGAGGAGUUCUUUAAACGCUACCACAUUUGUUGUGUUGAAGAGAUUUGUUUGUUUUUGGAUAACGAGUCCUGGACGCCACUGGACUCAUUUGUGCACAUACUGCAGCUGCCGGAAUUCCGCUCCGUGAGGCAUACGCUGAGACGCCACAAAUCUCCAACAACAGCGCUUAUGGCCUCCACCAAUAACUCACCCAUGAGCAACAAUAAUUGUGACGAGCUGGUCUCAGUGCACUCCCAGGACGGUGGCGGCAGUUCCAUUUAUGGUUCCUAUGGCUACUUCUUAAGAUUCUCGGAGAAGAGUUCACCAUUUGAUGGUGGCCUUGAUGCAGCAAUGCUAGAGGAGGACAUUCUAUCGGGCAUUGUGGAUGAGGCCUCUUGCUAUUUCAGCGAAGAAAGCGAUGAUGAGCAAAAGAGUCUACAGAGCAAGGAGUUCGCUGAUGACGCCAGCAACAGUCAACUGCUAGUGAACAACACAGCAUUAAAUGUUUUACGCUGCAUUGGACGCUAUCUGCAAAUGUGCAAGCUGAUGCACUGCAUCUCGCCCAAGAUAGUAUCUUGUAUGCUGGAGCUGCUCGACUUUUAUGCGUACGCAGUGCACGAAAUAUUUGGCAAGGAUGCAAUAGUGGCCACGGAUAAUCUCUAUACACCGCGUCUAGAGGAACGCCUCCGGGGUGUGGAAUCCAAUGUGCUCACUCAUGUUAAGGCUUGGCCGCUCAACUUUUCAUCUCUGAUCAACAAUGAGCUAGCUAAUCCGGACACACUGUACGGUCUUCCACAGCGCAUUGUGGCCGUUGAGGCGGGACGUAGCAUGCUCCAGCAAUUCCAUGUACUACAGAACUAUUUAAACCACCUUUUACCCGCUGCUGAGCGUCCAAUUUUAAGUAAUUAUCUAGAAUAUGGCGAUUUUAUGACUGAUCUGGCCAAACCAGUUUACACCUGUGUCACGUCGCGCGUCAUCGAUCUGACGGCCAUUCUAGCACAAAUGGCAAAGGUCAAAUGGGAUGUGAAUCAUGUAACACACCAGCAUAGCAGUUACAGUGAUGUUCUGAAUCGCAAUAUACAAAACUUUGCCAUGUGCCUGGAGGAAAUAUCCAAAGAGGUGCCUCUACCUAGCAAAAAUGUGUGGAACUCAAUGGCACAUGUGGCCACACAUUUGUUGGUGGAAGGCUUUUCCAAUGUCAAGAAAUGUUCAGCUGGAGGAAGAGCUCUAAUGCAGCUGGAUUUUGCCAACUUUAUGUCAUUCCUUGAACUAAUCUCGAAUCAGAAGUAUCCACAGCAUCGUGCUUACGUGGAUGUAUUUAUCAAAUCAUAUUAUUUUUCGCCGGAACAAUUUGAGCAAUGGAUAGAACAGCAACGACAAACUGAUGAUUAUUCUGCCAAGCAAUUGACGAAUCUGAUACAAUGCAUUUGUGUUAGCGAUAAGCGCACUCGACAGAGGCUGCUUCAGUUGAUGGAUGGCGUGGCAACAAAUGUUACGCCUCAUUCAACGCCACAGAAGAACAUGUGUAAUUCCGGCUCGAAUCUGAGAAAUGUUAUUUAAUUUAUUUCCCUUUUAUUCAUAUUGGUUUUUUGUAUUUAUUUUGUUAUACACGCAAUAAUGGCUAAUGAUUUGGUCAAUUACCUUUGUUACUAGCUGAAUCUUUGUGAGCGGUGUUUAUGUAUUCAAUAUUGUACAUUCCGUUUAGUGCAAAUUUAUUAAUAUUAUGUUGUAAGUUGAUUGUAUUUUAGUUACAUAAGCGAUCUCCAUGAUGUACUUCGUUUCUAUUUUCGAAUCUGUGAAUAAUCUAUAAUCUCCUAUUUCAAUGCGUUACGCUCUCUAUAUAUUUAUAACAAAUGCACAAAUUUAUUGUUUUAUUUUGGCAAUUUGAUUUACCAUUCACAUGACUUAUGUACCUAGAGAAAGCAUAUACACACGUGCAUAUAUCUAACUAGAUAUAAGAUAUAAACAAAUACAAUUUACAAAACAUUUAUUUUAAUACCCAAUUGUAAAAUUUAUUUGCGAAACGGACAAAUAAUUGUAAACAACAUCUCGAACACUAACAUACACCUAUUAAUAAGUGCUAUAUAUGAAUCUGUAACUAAAACAAACUACUAAUAAAGAGUACAUAUUUUGAGAUAUGCAUAUUAAAAUA